AUGGGAUCGCGAAAGCGCACCCGCUCCGAUGCGGUCGCUGCCACCGAGCAGCAGGCCCCAGAAGAACCCAGCCUGCUCCAGCGCAUCAGGAGCAGCUGGGAAUUUGCUAGUCUUAUGCAAUACAUUGCCAUCUUUGGGCAAGCCAUGAAGAUCGACGAAGAGUUCGAAAUCGAGGACCUGGAGGACGAAUGCAUGAAGCCGGAACCUUCGCACAAGUUGUUGGAGAUCGGUCUGUGUCUUCUGAAAUGGAUUUCCUCACAUCGCGGUCUGACGUUCGAGAACUUCGAUGAGUACACCAAGCGCCAGUACAAUGCGAAAGCCCCUCAUAUUACCAACCCUUUCGGGUAUGAUGAAGAGCCGCUGAGGUUCUUGGACUUUGAUGUUUUUCAGAAACUGCGUGUCCUACACCAGUUGUCCGUAUGGACGUUCUGGAACCCCGACCGCAUUCGCGACAAGAUGCCUGAGAAGAAGGAGUCCGAGCAACUGCAGUGGCGUGUUGAAGAGUUCGGAUUUGACCGCGAGGGCCGUGUCUACUACGUCCUAGACGACAACCGUCUCUAUCGCCGCACCGAUCCUCCUAUACCCGCCCCCUCUCGCCCUAAGAAGAAGCCGAAGAGCAGAUCUUCCCGGGGAUCCCGUACAUCGAAGCGAGCGUCCAAUGUCGCCGCGCAAGAGGCCGAUGAAGACGAGAACAUGGGCGAGGACAGAGCUGCCGGGUUUGAGCCCAAUUGGGAGUGCGUGUGCGUCACCCUUGCCGAAUAUCAAGAGUUUCUGGACUCCAUUCGCAAGAGCAAGGAUGCAGACGAGCGAAUUUUACGCCAGCAAAUUGAGGACCAUGUAUUGCCUUUACUGGAAAAGGCCGAAGAAGCACAACAGCGCAAGCGGCAGAAGCGUGAGAAGGAGCUUCUCAACAUGCAACUAAUUGCCGGUGCUAAGCGGUCGAGCCGACUUGCUGCUAAGGAAGAAAGAGAGCGAGCUGACAAAGAGGCUGCUGAUGCGGCUCGUAAGAAACAAGCUGACCUGUCUGAGGCUCGCAAGGAGCAGGCGAGACAACAGCAGCUUGAGGAUGAUCGACAGUCCCGUAUGAUGACUCGUGAACAACGCAUCAAGGAUCGUGAGCAGAAGCGCAUCCUGCACGAAGCCGAGCUCGAGCGACUUGCUGCUGAACAGGAACGGAUUGAACGGGGCGAGAGCAGAGUCUCUGCUCGGAACCUGAAGGCGGAGCUGGAGAAAUCGCAGAAGAACUUGGCAGAGCUCUCUCAGGAUGACGAGUGGAUCUUUGAUUGCUCCGGCUGUGGAGUGUAUGGCCAGAAUUUGGAUGAUGGAAGCCACAGUGUCGCUUGCGAAAAGUGCAAUGUAUGGCAGCACAGCCAUUGUCUCGGCAUCUCCAAGGAGGAUGCGGAGAAGGACGAUUUCCAUCUUGUCUGCAAGGACUGCAAGAGAAAGGAGGAAGAGGCCAACAGACCCAAGCUACCGCCACUGAAGUUCCGUCUCAGCGCCUCGGCUUCGCCUUCAUCUGUUCCUUCUUCUGGGAAGAAGCGCAAGGUUGAAGACGAUGAGGUUGCUCCGCCAUCUCCCGUGAAACAAACCCAUUCGGCUCUUUCUGGUGCCCAGAAUGGACACCACACACAACAUGCGCCACCUUCUCGGCCAGCUCUUUCAUCUUUCCCCGUCCAGGGCAACUUCUAUGUUCCUCCUUCCCCUGAGCGUCGUCCCCAUCCCGCCGCCCAGCCUCAUCUUCCAUCUUCAAGCCCUCCACGGGCUCCCUUCUCUCCGUUAAGAGGCAUGGGUGCUCCUCUUCCAGUGCAAUCUAUGGGCCAACCUGAGCUCUCUCGAAUGCACCACAUGCAGUCUAUGCAACCUGGCCCUCAUCUUCCUCCGAUUGGAUCUUUUGCACGCCCAUCAUCAUCACACUCUGGCUACGGUCCACCUCCGGCUCAAACCUCCAUGUCGCCCACCCAUGGCUACCGCAACGUCGGCCCUAUUGCAGGAUUUCCACAUGCAGCCGCUGCCAACGAAUCAGGUUCAGUGCCCGGUACCUCUUCGUUUGACAGCUACGCAACUCCUCGCCCUCACUCUGGCUAUGGAGGUACCCCCACAAUGUCUAACAAAUAUCCGUCCUUUUCUGCCUCCGCAACCCCAAAUGGCAAUCACUCUUCACCACCACACAGUUCCCACGGCAUGGGAAUAUUGGAGCCGAGCCCUAAGCUCAUGGGCCGCAGCUCACCCGAUGCACCGAUUCCACCCCCGGUGAAAUGCAUGACUCCUGAACAAGAAGAGCGCCGGCAACGAGAGAAUGCAUCGAUUUUCCAACAGGGCCACCCCUACUCUGGCAACGGCCAGCCAACACUCAUGUCGUCACCAUCAAUGAACCGCAUCCCAUCUCUCGGCCCGGCCGCAACCUCGCAAUACCCAGAGCCCGUCCCAUCCCCACAGCACGGUAACAAUGCUCCCCGCCAGUGA